UCGUCGCUCACAUGUGUUACAGUGCGAUAGAGAAACUGUUCAACAGUCGCUACAAGCAGAAAGAGGAAGGAAAAUGAAGAUGCACUUUUCAACGCUGGUGAUAUUAGCAGGUUGGAUUAUAUUUGGAGGCAGCACAGAGAGCACUGCAACACCAGCUACUACAGUUGCGACUACAUUUACCUCAGAUGUAACGCACACAACAUCAGCAGAUUCCACUCAGACACAACCAACGACUGAAUCUGUCUCCACGAUCCACAAUACAAAUGAAACAGCAACUGAGUCCCCACAAAAUGUGAGCAUGAGCACUAGGAACAGCUCCACACCUGCCCAGACAACAUCAAAUACAACCUCUGACUAUAACGCUACCUCUCCAGCGACGGAGCCCACCAGCGCAGCCAACGCGUCGACCACAGUCACGUCGGGUUUGGUGACUGAAACUCUGAAAACAUCCUCCUCAGAGAGCCGUACCUCAGAGAAGACAACUCUGGGAAGCACAAAACCGGUUGUUAUUACUACUGCCAAAAGCACAACUACAACGAUCAUCUCUACGACUAAAACGGUGCCCACUACUUCUAAAGUGUUAACAUCACCAACAAAAACAGCAGCAACAACAAGAACAACAGCAGCAGCAGCAACAACAACAACAACAGUUGCAGCAACAACCACAAAACCAGUAACAACCAAACCCCCAGAUUCUGUUGACCAAGAAAAGAAGGACCCAGAGGCCCUGAGCUCAGGAAGUGUUGCUGCCAUCGUAAUUGGCUUUAUUGUCAUUGUACUAAUUUUACUUGUUGGUGCGUACUACUUCAAAAUGCGACGCUCUUCUUACAGACGUCUUUUGGAUGAUAGCGAUCACAGCUCUGUGGGGAAUUUUCUUAACCCAGUGUUUGAUGGCUAAAUGGGGAAGCGUUGAUGAAGAAACAUUUGUUUCUAAAGAAAACAACCUACACGUCUUUAGCAAUGAAUAUGAUAACAUCAGAUUCAGUAUUUUGAACCCAAAAUAAGAUGUACUGACCAGAAUCAUCAAGAAGUUUUAGAGUGUAGGCAAGACUUCCUGUGAGUAUUAGUAUGAAGGCAGGUUGCAGGGCAUUUUGGUCCCGUUCAAAGGAAUUUUUAAGUGAUGUCCUAGAAAUUUAUUUUUUGUUUGUUUGUGCAAUGUAUCGCCUUGGGUAUAUUUUUCGACUUUUUCACAUUGCUUGUUCUGUUUGUCUUAUGAUCAUUUUUUAAAGAGUAAAUAAACCACAUUACUAACAUUAGCUGUAAUUUUUCUAAAUCGAAGCCUCAAACAGACCACAUGCGAUCAUUAUUGGUCUCAAAGAGUGACCUUAUCAUAUACCAUAAUUACAGCUCUGGCCUCAGCUGUGGCCUCCCACUAUUCAUCCAAAGACAGUCUCUUUUUUAAACGCGAAGACCGUUUAACAUUUCUGUAGUCUCAACAAUAACAGAUUUUUCCCCCUUGUCGUUGUAAUGGCAGGGCUCUACAAGCAGCAUGCAAUUAAGCAUUUAAACAGUCAAGACUGUUAUUAGAGACUUAAAAAUAAGCCAUCAAGCAAAUGAAGGCACAUUAACAAAACAUCUGGUGUUCUGGCCUGUUUGAGAUGGAGUUAAGUUAGUCGUGCUACAGUAGUUUACCACAUGCAGAAAUGUAUUUUUGAAUGUUUAAAACCACUUAUGUAGUUUCCUCUCCUAGUUUUUUGUUACCUGUUUAACAGCAAACGCUGUUUCCUGUUUUUGCAAAUGCUCUAGUUUCAAGAAUGGUAUAAACCACAGGAGCAUUGUCUAAAUCACUGGUCUAAAGCAGCAGCAACUAAUUGUAAAACUGUCAAUGUAAAAUUAUUGUAUUAAAAAUCGCUAAUAUAUU